UUUAUUUUAUUUUAUUUUAUUUUAUUUUAUUUUAUUUUAUUUUAUUUUAUUUUAUUUUUAUUCUUUCAAGAUGGAAGUUGAUCAAAUAACAACUAAUAGUACCGAGUCUAUAGUAAAUACAGAUACACCAUCAUCUAUUGUGGAAACUUCAAACAAUAAUCCGGGUAUGGCUAGUAGAAGGACAAGUGAAGAACAAGAGCUUUAUCCUAUUGCUGUCUUGGUUGAUGAAUUAAAAAAUGAAGAUGUCCAAUUACGUUUAAAUGCUAUUGAAAACUUGGGGACUAUCGCUAUGGCUUUAGGUCCUCAAAGAACACGAGAUGAGCUAAUACCCUUUCUUAAUGAAACUGUUGACGAUGAAGAUGAAGUCCUCUUAGCAGUUGCAGAACAACUUGCUAACUUUUCUGAAUAUGUUGGUGGUCCUGAAUUUGCACAUUAUUUAUUAAGCCCUCUGGAGAAUUUAGCAACUGUUGAAGAAGUUCUUGUUAGAGAUAAAGCUGUAGAAUCAAUGAAUAAAAUUGUCAAAUUACUUAAUUCAUCACAGAUAUCACAUUAUUUUCUUCCUUUACUGAAACGUUUAACUUCAGCAGAUUGGUUUACAGGGCGUAUUUCAGCAUGCGGUUUAUAUGCAACUGUAUAUUCUAAAUGCACAACAGAAGAACAGAACGAACUAAGAAGUUCAUUUGCUCAACUCAUCCAAGAUGAUACACCUAUGGUUAAGAGAGCUGCUGCAAAAGCACUUGCUGAUUUUUCGAAAGAAUUAACGAAACAACAACUUAUUAAUCAAAUACUUCCCUUAUUCCUUAGACUUACAACGGAUGAUCAAGACACUGUCAGACUAUUGACUGUAGAAGAUUUAAUACAGAUUGCAAAGAUAUUUAACCCUGAUGAAUGUAAGCAAUAUUUGUUAGCUACACUUAAAGCUUUAGGACAAGACAGAUCAUGGAGAGUGAGAUAUAUGGUAGCAAAACAUUUUGCAGAGCUUUGUAAAGCCUUAGGUGACUCUAUUACGCGCGAAGAAAUGGUCUCAUUAUUUGUGAGUCUUAUCAAGGACAGUGAAGGGGAAGUUAAAAUUUUGGCUGUUGGGCAAGCACCAGCAUUUUCAAAAUUGAUCGACCAAUCAGUUACCAUCGAAAAAAUUCUUCCCUGUAUUAAGGAUCUUGUUAUUGAUACAAACCAGCAUGUUCGUGCUGCUGUAGCUUUAAAUAUCAAGGGAUUCGCUCCUAUCUUAGGGAAAGAAUUGACUAUUGAAUAUCUUUUGCCCUUAUUUCUUCAAUUGCUUAAAGAUGACUUUCCAGAUGUUAGACUUAAUAUUAUAUCUAAGCUUGAAGACGUAAAUGAAGUUAUUGGUGUAGAUCGUCUUUCUCAAUCACUCUUACCUGCUAUUGUUGAAUUAGCUGAAGACAAACAGUGGAGAGUCAGGCUUGCGAUUAUAGAGUAUAUUCCAUUAUUAGCAUCACAAAUAGGUGUAGACUUCUUUGAUGAGAAGCUUCUUAAUUUAUGUUUAUCAUGGUUGGUUGAUGCUGUCUUUUCCAUUCGUGAUGCAGCAACUACCAAUUUAAAGAAAUUAGUUGGAAUAUUUGGCUAUGACUGGGCUAAAGAUACCGUUUUACCUAAGGUUAUGCAGAUGGCUCAGAAGGAAAAUUAUCUUUAUAGAAUGACAACUCUUUUCACCUUAUCGACAAUGGCAGUAUCUCUUACACCUGAUAUUAUCAAAGAAAAGGUUCUUCCUACUGUAAUUGGGCUUGUUGAUGAUCCUAUUCCAAAUGUUAGAUUUAAUGUCGCUAAAGCCUUAGAGGUUCUUAUACCUAUUUUGAAACAAGAUCCAACUACAACUGAACUUAUUUCUACUGAAGUUAUGGAUGCGCUUAAGAAGCUUUGUGGAGAUUUAGAUGUUGAUGUUAGAUUCUUUGCAGAAAAAGCAUUAAUAACAGGUACCAAAAAAUAAAAAUUUGUUACUAUUUACUUUACGCUCAUACAUACUUUCUAUCUCUUUUUCUCUUUCUCUCUUUCUUUCUUUC